GAAUGGCUGUUGAUGGUGGGUGUGGGGGCACUGGAGACUGGGAAGGUCGCUGGAACCAUGUAAAGAAGUUCCUCGAGCGAUCUGGACCAUUCACACAUCCUGAUUUCGAGCCAGGCACUCAAGCUCUUGAGUUUUUGUUAAGCACAUGUAAAGUACUAGUUAUUGGAGCAGGAGGAUUAGGAUGCGAACUCCUGAAAAACCUGGCACUGUGUGGCUUUAGACAGAUCCAUGUUAUUGAUAUGGAUACUAUAGAUGUCUCCAAUCUUAACCGACAGUUUCUGUUUCGACCAAAGGAUGUUGGGCGACCAAAAGCAGAAGUUGCGGCAGAAUUCCUAAACAGCCGCAUUCCCAACUGUGCUGUCGUGCCAUAUUUUAAAAUGAUUCAAGACAUGGAUGAAAGCUUCUAUCGACAGUUUCAUAUUAUUGUUUGUGGGCUGGACUCUAUAAUCGCAAGAAGAUGGAUAAAUGGCAUGCUGAUGUCAUUUUUGCAUUAUGAAGAUGGUGUCCUGGAUCCAAGUUCCAUCAUACCUUUAAUAGAUGGAGGGACAGAAGGUUUUAAAGGAAAUGUUCGUGUUAUUAUCCCUGGUAUGACAGCAUGUGUUGAAUGCACACUUGAGCUUUACCCACCACAGGUCAAUUUUCCCAUGUGUACAAUUGCAUCUAUGCCCAGGCUGCCAGAGCAUUGUAUUGAAUAUGUCAGGAUACUGCAGUGGCCGAAGGAGCAACCUUUUGGAGGUAAAUAGUACAUUGCCCUGG